GCCAAAUGUCAGGCUCGUGAGAGCUUUACCAGUCAUGAGCCAGCUUUCAGCUGUUAGAGAGCAUUCAGUCCGCAGCGGAGGCAGAAGCAGGAUCUGUCGCUGUUUGCUUCAUCUACUGCUGCAGCACUAGUCCAAACAUCAACAUUUAAAGGACAUAAAAAGACUUUCUGUUUCUACUUAGCUAUAAGAACUGCCAGACAAGGAGCUGAAAAGGAAUUAAGCCUCCACUAAAUCUUAGCUUUUUAUUCUGUUUCUCUUCUAUUUCCUCCUUCCUGUCCUUUGUUUUCGACCAGCAGAAUCCCUGACAUCACAGGCGAAGCAACAUAACAACAACGGCUUGUAAAGACAUCGUUGGAACAACUUGCAAAAAUCCUGAGAUCUAAAUGCAAGAUACCAGGACUACUCCUCUGAGGAUCUGCAGUGUGUGUGAGUGAGUGUGUGUGUGUGUGUGUGUCCCUGCCAGAUAGGGCCCCCACCGCAUUGUGUGUGCGUGCGUGAGGAGGCUAAUGCCCGCGGUAGUGUGGUCAGGGCCAGAGGAGGAUGAGUCCGGCUGUGGAGGCUCAGGCCCAGGAGGCCAUGAAUGCAGAGCUAAAGCAAAAGCAGCAGCAGAACCAGCUGCAGCACCAGCUGCAGCACCAGCAGUGCUACAUGGAGAAAGGGGUGAUGCUUGAGCCCUUCGUGCACCAGGUGGGGGGACAUUCCUGUGUCCUGCGAUUCGGGGAGCAGACCAUCUGCAAACCCCUCAUCCCCCGAGAGCAUCAGUUCUACAAGAGUCUGCCUGCUGCAAUGAGGAAGUUUACCCCCCAGUAUAGAGGUGUGGUGUCGGUGAGCUUCGAGGAGGAUGAAGAAGGGAAUCUUUGCCUCAUCGCUUACCCGCUCCACAGUGACCCAGCAGCAGAUCUUGAGAACAAGGACCCCUCGGCCGACUGCGAGCCCAAGAGCAAGAUGCUCAAAUGGGGCAAAAUGGUGGCAUCCUCACUGCUCGUGGACAGCGAAAAUUACAGCAAAGAUGGACGAAGCCGCCACUCUCGCAAAGACAAGGACAAGAGUGUUCACAAGCUGCAGGAGGAUGUGGAGUUGGAGUGGCUGCAGCAGGCCGAGGUGCUCUACUACAGGCUGGAGCGCAGUCAAAGUAACGCUGUCCCGCAGCUCAAGCACAACCCUUGGAGUCUCAAGUGUCACCAGCAGCACCUGCAGAGGAUGAAGGAGAACGCCAAGCACCGCAACCAGUACAAAUUCAUCCUGCUUGAGAACCUGACGUGGCGGCACACUGUGCCAUGUGUGUUGGACCUGAAGAUGGGCACUCGACAGCAUGGAGAUGACGCCUCGGAGGAGAAGAAGGCAGUGCAGAUCCGCAAGUGCCAGCAGAGCACGUCAGCUUCAAUAGGAGUCCGGCUCUGUGGCAUGCAGGUGUACCAGUCUGACACAGGCCAGCUGAUGUUCAUGAACAAGUAUCACGGCCGCAAGCUGGCCCUGCCAGACUUCAAAGAGGCUUUGUUCCAGUUCUUCCACAGCGGACGGCGUCUGCGACAUGAACUCCUCUCCCCGGUGCUGCGCAGGCUCAGAGAGAUGCAGGCUGCCCUGGAAGCCUGCGAAUCCUACCGCUUCUACUCCAGUUCCCUGCUCAUCAUCUAUGACGGCGCGCCCCACCGCAAACACACGCGCCGACGCACUGAGGACGGACUUUCUGAAGAAGAAGAAGAGGAGGAGGAGGAUGAGGAGGUGGAGGCUGAACCAGAAAUGGAGGAGGAGGAGGAGGAAGAGGAGGAGGAAGUUGGUGAAGUAGCAGGUGCACUCGGUUUCCCUCAUAGCUCCUCCACGUCAAGCGACGUCAGCAGCACUUGCUCCACCAGCAGCAGCAGCAGCAGCAGUAGUAGUAGCGGUGGUGGCGGCGGCAGCGGAGGCGGGAGCUCAGCUGUCAGCCAGGCUCGUCUUUCCCACUCUGACCCCCAUAGCCCCAUGGUGGAUGUGAGGAUGAUAGACUUCGCCCACACCACGUGCAGACAUUAUAGGGAGGACAGCGUGGUGCACGAGGGCCAGGACAGCGGCUACAUCUUUGGUCUCCAGAACCUGAUCACUAUCAUCUCCGAGCUGGAGAACCACAGCACAGACUAAAGACUGACAUGACACACACACACACACAUUCAGACUCAGAGGCACAACAACACACAUUCUGAACUGCAGAAGAAAAGAUGAGGACUGGACUACAGAAGAGGAGAGAGACUUCUCCUCUCCUUGUUGUAGCUGGCACUUUCCUGUUUCUGCUGUUGGUGCUUCUCGAUGUUCCUGUUGUGUGUGUCCGUCUUCGGGAUAUUAACCAGACUUGCAAGUAACAUUGAAGAGCCAUCUGUGUGACUGAUGCGGUGAUUCACUCAUUGUCAUCAUUCUGUUUUAACCCACCUCACUGUUAGGAAAAAAGGGUAGGCAGCAAAUAAAAGCAGUUUGAAGUCUGAGACAGUAGACAUGUUUUCCUUGUGUCCGAUUCCAAAGAAAGUGUCAGCAUUUUGCACACACAAACAUGCACUUAAACACAUUCUGCUGAAUGAGUGUGCGUUUGGACUGAGACAGGGCUAUCAGAGAGAGCAGGAGUUGUAUGCGUACGAGGACAGAGUCGAUGGGAAGAGAGGUAGUGAGCUCACACCCUCCAUUCUUCUCUUUUGCCUGUUCAUUCUGCCAUCCUUCUCUCCCUGUUCAUCUUCACUCAAAGAGAAUAUAUUCAUAUAGGUGUCAGAGACAGAUGAUAUAGAGUUAUUUAUUUAUUUGACAUGUUUCAUAAAAUAAACUAAAAGCUCAAAAAAGACUGUGAAUGGAGAGUACUACAUUCCAUGUUAUUAAUGUUACAAUAAUGAUAUUAAUUAAUAUUGUUAUUUGACAUGUUUGGAUACCUCUAUCUUGUAUAUCUGUGUUGUCCACAGUUUGUUGGAGGAGAAAAUUAAAGACUUUGGUUUGUGCUA